GUGCGGAUAGCCCCGCCCACUUAUCCAAAUCACGACGUAUUGACACGCCGGUCGACCAAUAGAAAAAUUGAUUGGCAACUUGUGCAACCUUCCAUCCAACAGAAUCGCAGGUAAGGCGGGGCCUAAAGAUCAUACUUGGUUGAAUGGCAAUACAAAGACAAGAAGCACCAAAACGGAGGAUAAUGCUUAAUCAAUUCCGUGUGCUUCGGUCUUGAGAUUCUGCAGCGAAAGGACGCGCGGCUCGCCCGGCAGAGUCGAUACGCAGCUCCGCGCGAGCAGGGCGGAUUCGACGCUCCUGUCGCGUGACAAUUCAUCUUCUCAUCUAGACGCCAGCGCUGGUGAUGUUGCUGCUACUGCAUCAGGAGCACUGGAGAUACCUAUCUGCACAGCACGGAUGAAGACUCCUUCACCAAAGGACACUUGUGAGGUCAUCUUGGGGUGGCGCGACUGACCGUGCGGGAGCGUUGGAAAGCUCGGGUUUUCAUAGCAAUCGUGAUCAUGUAAUCAUGUAGUGGGCUGCGACUUCUUAUUCACAGGUGUACAGCUUGCGUGGACCAGUGCAUCAGUGCGUACGCACCAUGGAGUCAUGGUCUGCACUUCUAGCUCAAACCAAACCACACUUUUGCGGACGCUAUUUGCUCCUGUCAUGAAAACGUGGAGAUCUGGCGUGAUGGGCGUAGGGUUAGUUCUCGUUGAUCUGGACUAAAUAACCGCUCGGCGCGAAUCACACCUAGACUUUUUUUGGGGGGGCUUUUUAAAAUAAACAAAUCUGCUAAAUAAUUAAAUGUAAAUAUAAAUUGGGGGGGAGGCGCAGUCUUUCGAGGUUAGUCUCGCGCAAACGCAAAUUGCCAUUUGGCGCCACUAACACAAAUCAGUUUCCCAGAGUCUUAAACAAAUUCGUGACGCUUAACUCUAUUUUAGAGCGAAACUGUGGUUUCUGUCAUGCUUAAUGGACGCGUCGAAACCAACCGCAAUGGAAAGCCGGGGAGCAGCUUGCUGUUGUUAUGGUUACCCCAUCUGGCUAACGCGACUUUUGUUUGUUAGCUUCCGUUUAUGGACAGGUAAAAAAUACGACACCGACUAACUUGUAUAACUUUUGUCAGUGCUGAACUGUAUAAGCUUAGAUAUUACUCUGUACCUGUGUGUACUUUUCGGAACCGUUUUUAUUUACUUCCGUGGUCUUAAUUAAGGGGUUAAAUCCGUAAAAUGCCCGCAAGUAAUUUGCACUCAAUGGUGGUUUGUGCAGUUAGUAUCCAUGAAUUGAAAUGGGGCGCACAAUUACUCCCUCUGGUGUUUACCUCUUCUAAUGCUGCCGCCACCUGAGGAUGUGUCCCAAACGACUACUUUGUAUAUUUAAUUAUUUAAAGUCCUCUGUGAUGUAAAAACGAGCGGGUCGGCUCGCGGUAUGCGUUUAUCUCUCGCGGUGUUUGACUACAACGGCUGUACUCGCUUCACAUCGGUCCUAAUUUAUAGAAGCAGCAAAUAAAAUGCUGCUUUUAUAAAUUGCAAAAUGGACCGCUUUUACUAGUUCCCUUUUAACGCUCGCUUUUAAAAAAAAAAAAAAAUUAGAAAUCACCAGCUAACUUCAAAGUUGUCUUAAACGCGCAAGUGACUUUAAUAUAGGCUGUGUUCUUCAAAGUCAUAACGUCCCUGCUGCUUUAGUGUUUGGGAUCAUAUUCAUGACUGACAAGUUUAAUAUCUAUUUUUAUGCAAUUUGCGAAUAAUUAAAAUCUGUCAUCAAGUUCCAGUUUUCGUGUCUCUUGCACAAAAACAAAACACGAACGUCUUUUAUCACACGUUUUUGGCGUUGUAAUUUGAUAAAUAAUAACAGCAGUUAUGUAUCGUUCGACGCAAACAGCUGUUAAGCAGCUGUUGCUAUGGUUUCCUCCUCAAGCGAAGGAAAUUUGUGCUCGCGAGUGGAAGCUGUACGUUUAGCGCACUCUGACGAACUUGCGCCGCUACCGAAACGUUGUUUGCAAAAACGUAUAUAUGUUUGUGUAAAAACAAAACGAACUCGCAAGAGCUCCGACUUUUUCCCUUUUGAGUUAACCGCGUGGUCAAACCCCCAUAAUUCGCACCCUGAAGUAAUUUAUUGAAUGUAGCAAUCGAGAUCAUGUCCAGAUCUAACAGCGUGAGCCCACCCGGCGCUGGCGCUCCUGGACUGAGGGGAGGGACGGAGCACAGAUCCGCUUGGGGCGAGUCUGAGUCCGUGGCGAACGGAUGUCCAUACUCGGCCAGAUCCUCCUGCAAAAAGCUCAUACGGUCCAACAGUCGGUGGAGAGAGGACGAUGACUUCGAGCGACAACCGGGCCGAGCCACGACCACCGUCAGCCGGGUUAGUUUCAGAUCCAAGUCCGCCUGGCAAGAACACGGGGAGGAGAGCCGCAACAAUAACAGAUCUUCCCCGAGGUACCGAGAUGGAGAAGUGAGACCCAAGUCCGUGGAGCUGGGUUUGGAGGACAGGAGAACCAAGUCCAAACCAGAGGAGGAGCUCAUGCCUGAAGUGAACUUUUCCCUGAGCGCGUGCUGCAACGGCGUGAUGCAGAUUUUCAAAUCCAAGAAGUUCCAGUCGGAGAAGUUGGAGAGACUUUACCAGCGCUACUUCUUCCGACUCAACCAGAGCAGCCUGACGAUGCUCAUGGCCGUCUUGGUGCUGGUGUGCGCGGUGAUGCUGGGGUUCCACUGCGCCGGGGCGGUGUGUCAGGUCGCUUACGCGGUGGUUUUCUCCACGGCGAUCUUGCUCAUCCUCACGCUGAUGGUCGUGUGCAACAGGAACGGCUUCCAUCAGGAUCACAUGUGGAUAGUUUGCUAUGUGCUCAUUUUGGUGGUGCUGACCGUACAGGUGACCGGCGUGCUGUUCGUGGAGCCGCGCAGCGCGUCUGAAGGCAUCUGGUGGACCGUGUUUUUCAUCCAUGUCAUUUACACGCUUCUGCCGGUGAGGAUGAGAGCAGCGGUCAUCACUGGAAUUAUACUCUCUGCCAUACACGUGCUGGUCUCAUGGAAGUUAAACGAAAUGGACAUCUUUUUGUGGAAACAGCUUGUGUCCAAUGUCCUGAUCUUCUCGUGCACUAAUAUAGUUGGCGUGUGCACACACUAUCCAGCAGAAGGCUCACAGAGACAAGCCUUCCAGGAGACAAGAGAAUGUAUUCAAGCCCGCCUGCACUCUCAGAGAGAAAACCAGCAACAGGAACGCCUCCUCCUCUCUGUGCUUCCUCGACAUGUCGCCAUGGAGAUGAAAGCCGACAUAAAUGCCAAACAAGAAGAUAUGAUGUUCCACAAGAUCUAUAUUCAAAAGCAUGACAAUGUGAGUAUCCUCUUUGCCGACAUUGAGGGCUUCACCAGUCUGGCUUCCCAGUGCACGGCCCAGGAGUUAGUGAUGACCCUCAACGAGCUCUUCGCACGAUUCGAUAAACUGGCCGCCGAGAAUCACUGUCUGCGGAUUAAGAUCCUGGGUGACUGCUACUACUGCGUGUCCGGGCUGCCCGAGGCCCGCGCCGACCAUGCGCACUGCUGUGUAGAGAUGGGUGUAGACAUGAUUGAAGCAAUCUCACUGGUGAGGGAAGUGACCGGUGUUAAUGUUAACAUGCGUGUGGGCAUACACAGCGGGCGAGUGCACUGUGGGGUGCUGGGAUUAAGGAAGUGGCAGUUUGAUGUCUGGUCCAACGAUGUCACCUUGGCCAAUCACAUGGAAGCUGGAGGAAAAGCAGGGCGUAUUCAUAUCACCAAGGCCACGCUUAACUAUCUGAAUGGUGAUUAUGAUGUAGAACCUGGAUUUGGUGGAGAAAGAAACGUCUAUCUCAAGAAGCACAACAUUGAAACCUACCUCAUUGUGGGCUGCAGUCAGAAGCGGAAAGAAGAAAAGGCAAUGAUUGCUAAGAUGAACCGGCAACGCACCAACUCGGUCACGCAUAAUAGCACUCACUGGACAGACCGGCCCUUCUACAAUCACCUGGGUGGCAAUCAGGUUUCCAAGGAGAUGAAGAGGAUGGGAUUUGAGGAUCCCAAAGACAAACAUUUCAUUUUCAGAAACACGCAAGAAAACCUGAACCCAGAGGACGAGGUGGACGAGUUUCUGGGCCGUGCCAUUGACGCCCGAAGCAUCGACCGAUUACGGUCCGAACACGUCAAGAAAUUUUUACUGACUUUCCGAGAACCUGACCUGGAGAAAAAGUACUCCAAACAGGUAGAUGCCAGGUUCGGAGCAUACGUAGCCUGCGCCUCACUCGUCUUUUUAUUCAUCUGCUUCAUUCAGAUCAUCAUUGUGCCGCACUCUGGGUUGAUGGUUGCCUUUUAUAUGUUGUGCCUCGUCCUCCUGAUGGCAGUCAUGUUCAUCUCAGCCAUUUAUUCUUGUUUUGGGUUUUUUCCUGUGCCUCUGCAAACUCUGUCAAAAAGGAUUGUUCAGUCCAGACUCAACAGCACCCUGGUGGGGGUUUUUACAAUCGUCCUGGUUUUUCUCUCCGCUUUCAUUAACAUUUUCACCUGCAGUACAGAUGACCUGAAGACAUUUUUAGGGCAGGAGUUUAACAUCAGCCCCAGUGAUGUAAAUGCUUGCCAUGUCCGCAACUCUUCCUUCAACUACAGUCUCUGGUCUCAGAACAGCCUCUACAACAGCUCGUCACCCACCUGCAAUUUCCCAGAGUAUUUCUCUUCGUGUGUGCUGCUCAGUUUACUGGCCUGCUCAGUGUUCCUACAGGUCAGCAGUAUUGGUAAACUCUUCCUCAUGCUCUUUAUUGAGAUCCUGUACGUGCUUAUCAUGGAGGUGCCCGAGGUCAGCCUUUUUGACAACGUAGACCUGCUGGUCAUGGCCAAUGCCAGAGAGUAUAUUAAUGGAACAAGCUGUGCGAGAGACACCCGGGUUCCUCUGAAGAUCAUGACUCCAGUUGUCAUCACAGUUUUUGUGUUGGCUCUCUACCUUCAUGCGCAGCAGGUGGAGUCUACAGCAAGACUAGACUUUCUCUGGAAGUUACAGGCCACAGAGGAGAAGGAGGAGAUGGAAGAACUUCAAGCUUAUAACCGCCGGCUUCUCCACAACAUCUUGCCCAAAGAUGUGGCCGCACACUUUCUGGCGAGAGAGCGUCGUAAUGACGAGCUGUAUUAUCAGUCGUGCGAGUGUGUGGCUGUCAUGUUUGCCUCUAUUAGCAAUUUCUCUGAGUUCUACGUGGAACUGGAGGCCAAUAAUGAAGGUGUGGAGUGCUUGAGGCUACUUAACGAGAUCAUCGCUGACUUUGAUGAGAUCAUUAGUGAGGAUCAGUUUCGUCAACUAGAAAAGAUCAAAACCAUUGGCAGCACCUACAUGGCUGCCUCUGGGCUUAAUGACUCCACUUACGAUAAAGCAGGAAGGUCACACAUUCGCGCUCUAGCCGACUACGCUAUGCGCCUCAUGGACCAGAUGAAGUACAUCAAUGAACACUCUUUCAAUAACUUCAAAAUGAAGAUUGGUCUCAAUAUAGGUCCUGUCGUGGCUGGUGUCAUAGGGGCUCGUAAACCGCAAUAUGACAUAUGGGGGAAUACUGUGAAUGUAGCCAGCCGCAUGGACAGCACUGGGGUACCUGAGAGAAUACAGGUUACAACUGACCUCUACCAGGUGCUCAGCUCUUAUAACUACACACUGGAGUGCAGAGGCGUUGUGAAAGUCAAAGGCAAAGGAGAAAUGACAACCUACUUUCUAAAUGGAGGACCCAACAGCAGUUAACACUCAACGUCUGAUGUUCAGAACAUUUUUGAGAUGAUGAUGACGAGACGCUGUGGGCCAGGCCUGGCUGUUGAACGGCAAUCCUCUUGGACCAAUCACAAUAGGAUUUGUUCGUAAACAGUCCUCAGCCGGUCUAAGAGUGGCCCCUUUGCACACUGAGACUUCCUUUAUGGAUUAACAGAGGGCUUUGGCCCCUUUAUUUAAGGCAUGGAACAGCUCAGAAAGACGGUUCAUCCUCAGAGACCAAAGAAACAAAGGAAUCUCAAGGCAUACAAAGCAGUUCUCCCGGUCUUAUAUUUCUUAUAUUGCCAAGAGAGGACAGAUGAACUGCAUUCUCUGCACCUGGCUUUGGCGCUCUCAGGUGUGGCUGGACUGCGAUCUUACUCCACCGACUGCUCCUGGUGGAUCCAAAACAAAACUGCAUGAAAACACUGAAGCCAAUAUACCUGUAAAACACACGUUUUAUGUGUAUAUGAUUCAUCAGUGUAUGUAAAGAGUUCUUUUCAUAUGGUCUUGUUGCGUUCAACACUGUCUAGGUGAUAUCACAGUAGAUAGAGAUAUCGAGAUGAGCUAAUAUAUGGUAGAAGGCCAUAGUGAGCACAGCAGCUCUAUAAACCCUUUAUGGUUUCCUGAACUUUGCUGCAGCGACUGUGGUUGUUACUGGUAAGGGAGCUAGCGUUGACAGUGUUACUUCUGAAUGAUCUAGAGUUGAGAAUAAAGCCCCGUUCAUGCCGCCUUGACUUAAUACAACCCGAAGUCAUUUAUUUUCAGUGUUGGGAUUUUUCUCAGGUGCAACCUCAUGGAGCAUUUCAAUCUGUCUUCAGAAACUUUAGUUGAGAAUCAUUUCGACUAAAUUCUGUCCUUGCAGUCAGCCAUGUAUGGCUCUAAUCAUGUGCAGGGUCAGUGUAUAAAAAACAAUGCAUAUGACAAUUAGAUGUAUGUGGACCCAAAUAGGCCAGAGUUUAUGCUUUCGGCACAGAUAAAUGGCCGUCCACAUUGCACAUACUGAUUCCCGUUUAUCUUUAAACAAUGCACUGUUACAACUUAAAUGCAUUUUUCUUCCAGAAUGUUCAUUUUAGCGGUGUAAAUUAAUUUGUCAAUAAGAAAUGAGACUGAACAAGCAACCAACCAGUACGGCGGAUGGUGGCAUGAACAGGGCAUGUGACUCUGUUCCAAACACAAAUUUACUUUCUCAUAAGACACUUGUAUACACUAAAGACACUUUUAAGGAUAGAGUAAAACGGUCAAAUAUGGCUGUUUUGUAUUUUUAACAUUUUAUAUUUUGACUCCAAAAGCAAAACUGUCAGUGCUAUUUUAGAUUAUAUAUUUUAUAUAUUAAUGUAUUAGAAUGCUGUCUAUAAAUCCAUAUAAACAUAACGGAACACUAAAUUCCUGCACAUUUGAACAGGAGGGAGAGGUUUUUAAGUGUAAGUUAUCAGUCACCCUUUUCUGUCGCUGCAUCCAUUUGGAUAAAAUCUGUAGCUAGCCUUGUAACCAAGUAAGCAGAAUAUCUUUGGCCUUUCUCCAAAAAGGGUUUCUGUAUCCUGUCAAGUACACUACAAUGUAAUUAUGAGUAGAAAAUGGAUUUGCAGAAGGCGAAAUGGCAAUUGAGUGUUUCAGAACAGCCACAGUCGUUUAAAGCUUGGCAAACACAUCUGCAAAUAUUGAUUUUAGCCUUGCGUUUGUAGUGCGUGGGACAACGAGUUGGGAUCCUCUAGGGAUGAUUCCGUUAUGCCACAAGUCUUCAACAUUUUUGCACUGCAGCUCGACCAGCAUUUCCUUCUCUCUCUCUCUCUCAGUUCAGUCUGAUGGUCCGACCCAAUGAAUGUCCAUUUUCUCCAAUGAGGCCUUUGUAUGUAAGAAUUGGAGUGUGUACACAAACUGGGACUUUUUUGUUGUUGUUGUUUAACCUAUUUCGGAUACAGUCAAGUAGGAUUAUGAUAUAAUGUUUUGGGGGAAAAAAAUCUGCAUUUUCUCAAAUAUGUGUUAUGAAACAGUAAAGUAUAUUUGGUCCUGUUCUAGCUUCUCUCAACGUGGACCCAGCAGGGCUUCCGGUCAGGUGUUUUUUUCCAUCGAAGAUUAGUGCCAUUUUCUUGUCUGAUUCUUUUUUUUUUCUUUCUUUUUUUUCUUUUUUUUAAAAAAAAAAAAUAAAACCUCUGGUUGAAUGUUUUUGCAUUUAGUGUCACCAUGAUAGUUUUAAUGUUAGACGACGCUGAGGUGUGUAUUUUCUGCGGCACCGAACGAGAUUGGACACACUCCCUUCACGCCAUUGGUCAGACGAUAAUUAGCCCCGCCCUAAAAGCACGCCAUUGGUUGGGCCAGCUGAGGCAGUUUUACUUUAAUCGGGUUUAGUUUAUGAAUAGGUAACAAGUAUGUAUCUGCGUAUUUAACUGGGAGGAGAAAGUAUUUAAACCAUUAAAAUCACACACUCCAGCUUUAAUUCACUUUCUUGUGUGUGUUAUCCAAACGAAAGCACUGAGGUAAGAGAUGUCAAGUAAAUACCACAUGUUAUGUCCUGCUGAGUUCUGGCAUUUACUAUUCCAGUGGAGCUUCAUCUUCGGUUGUAUUUGCUUAUCUGCCAUGUCAAAACUCAAUGCUGUUUUAUACAUCCAAAUAAACUAUUAUAAUAUUAAA